AUGCGGAAACCAACGCCGCCUUGUGUCCUCCUCCUCGACCUCGUCGACGUCGAUGAUGUCCCCGUCGUCGACGGCGAGGGGCUGUGCUGCCCCGACGACCCGCUCGACGAGGUCAUGAGCUGCCUCCCGGCGAUCGACACUUUCAUGGAGGGGGCCGGGCUUGACUGCCGCUCGCCAACGCCCGCGGCCGUCGACGCCGACGCCGGCGUCGGCGGCGGAGAGGCGGAGCAAGUGCACGAGGACGUUGCCGCGCCGGAGUCCAGGUCACAGAGAGCCCUCGACGCCGGCGUUAACGAGGAGUUCGCGCCGAUCGUCGACAUUCCGUCGUCGGCGAAGAAACCGCGAGGCCGACCCGCUGGCAAGAGCCGCAAGAGGGCCUGGUCGCUGGUUCCCCCCAGGCUGGACACUGCCGACGCCGGCAGCAGCCACCGUGAAGUUCCCGGCGGCGGGAAACAGCCUGGUCUCGCCAAGCGGCGGCGCAAAUGCAACGGCGAGGGGAAGACGUGCGGCCACUGCAACACGACGGAGACGCCGCAGUGGCGGACGGGACCGGAGGGGCCAGGCACGUUCUGCAACGCGUGCGGCCUCCGGUACAGGCUGAAUAAUCUGCUGCUUACCGCCCGUCGACCUGCGUGA